AUGUCGCCAGCUAGCAGCAACACGGACGCGACUAUUCUCGAGUUCCGCGUCAAGCACGCCUGGCGAGUCAACAACCAGGGCAAGCACGAGGAGGCGGAGGAAAUGGCUGCUAGACUUCUGGUGGAGCCCGCUCUGAGCUCAGUCCACCAAGGCUGGAUGCAUCUGCUGCUGGCGGGAUCGACCCACGACUACGUCCACCAUGCUAAUGAGGCGGUUCGUCUGUUCAUCGAAGUCCUCGACGAGAACAAGCCCUCGGCGACACCUCAUUAG